AUGUCGCUGGGGCGAAAUCCAGACCUUUCAACCCCCACGAGUGAGAGCACGAGGUUGUUUCUGGUCUCACCCGUGACACUGCGACCCAUGACCAGCCAUGCUCGAAUCGAAGGCGGUGCCUUGUACACGACAGGCGAGCGUGAAGUCGCGGAUCUGCGACCGAUCUCGCGGAAAAGUUUCCUGCCUCAAUUGCCCACCAAGACUGGCGAUGGACUAGCGACUCUGACGGAAGAAAACUCUGAUAGCGACACUUACAGACAAAAGAUGUGGGCGGGUCAGGCCAACAUCUUGGUGACCGUGCGCUUACGUCCGCUCCUGAGUCAUGACCGAGAUCGCAUGGAGAUUGUGAAAGUUCUGGGGAAUAAAGAGAUCGUCGUCCUGACACGCAGCUCGGAGUCGAUACCAAUUGCGAAUUCCUCAGCGAGACGCCACUCGUUGCACUCGCAUCGAAAACCACGACACACGUCUGCUUUUCCUGCAAUUGCAAAUGGAACACGCAGACGGGAGAAACGCUAUGCGUUCGAUUAUGUGUUUUCUGCGAAUGAUGGUCAGCAAAAAGUUUAUCAGCAAACCACAAAAUUCUUGAUACAUGGUGUGCUAAAUGGGUUCAAUGCAACUGUAUUUGCCUAUGGUUGCACGGGAGCUGGAAAGACAUUUACAAUGCUUGGCACAAAAGAGGAGCCCGGCAUCAUGGCAAGAACAUUGGAGGAUUUAUUCCGAAAUAUUGAACGCGUGCACGCAGACCCCGCUGGACGUGUGCGAUACCGAGUGACAGUCUCGUUUUUAGAGGUUUACAACGAGAAUAUUUGCGACCUGCUGUCUGCCAGUUCGUCUUGCUCAUCCACACCGUCAAUGCCAUCGUCUGAGUUUCUAGAUUUGCGUGAAGAUCCUAUUCGAGGAUCUGUUGUUGCAGGAUUGUCGGAAGUGGAAGCAAAUGAUGCGCAGGAUGUGAUGAAACUACUGCGUAGAGGCAACAAGUACCGGUCCCAGGAGAACACGGCAGCUAACUCGGUCUCUUCGCGAUCACACGCAGUACUUCAGGUGAAAUUUGGGAAGUUAUCGUUAGUGGAUUUAGCAGGAAGUGAGAGAGCUGCAGUGACGCAAAACCGGGGCCAGAGGUUACUUGAAGGAGCGAAUAUCAAUCGCUCGUUGCUGGCUCUGGGAAAUUGUAUUAAUGCUCUUGGAGAGAAAGGGGCGACAUUUGUGCCGUAUCGAGAUAGCAAGCUGACGAGGCUUCUGAAAGAUUCAUUGGGUGGAAAUUGUCGAACAGUGAUGAUUGCCAACGUGAGUCUCGCAGCAUCAAGUGUGGAGGAAACACUGAACACUCUUAAAUAUGCCAACAGAGCCAAGAACAUCAAAACGACUCUGAGAAGGAACGUCGAGUCCGAACAGAUGUCACGCAACCAGAACAACCUCGUGGCGAACCUUCAAAAAGAAAUAGCCACAUUGAAAAAAGAACUUCUUCGGCAACAAGAAACUAGUCGACAAUGUCCAUUAGAGGAGCGAUGUUGGCUCGCCAAUACAUUACAGAAUGUUUUCAAGAGCGUCGGAGAUUACGUCACGCAUUGCUGA